AUGACAGACGGAGUUUUCUUUGACCUUUCCUGGAAAGUAAUUGAAGUGCUACAUUCCUUACUUCUCCAAGAGAUCAAGUUAGCAUGUGGUGUCAAAGCUGAGCUUGGAAUUCUAAAGAGCACAGUUUCUACAAUCCAAGCCGUGGUUCUAGAUGCAGAAAAUCAAGGUUCUCAUAAUUACGAGAUCAAAGACUGGCUCAGAAAGCUCAAAGAUCUCUUCUUUGAUGCAGAUGACCUGCUGGAUGAUUUCUCAACUGAAGCUCUGCUACAGAAAAUGAUGACUGGAAGUAAGAUAACAAAGGAGGUACGCAUUUUCUUUUCAAGUUCAAACCAGCUUGCUUAUAGUCUUAAGAUGGGCCAUAGAAUAAAGGCAAUUAGGGAGAGACUAAAUGCCAUUGCUGCUGAUAGGAUGAAGUUCCGGUUUAUAGAAAACCCCAUUGAGCCACAAGUCAAUAUUAGGAAUAGAGAAACUUAUUCUUUUGUACUUGAAGAAGAUGUGGCUGGAAGAGAUGAUGAUAAGAAAGAAAUUAUAAAACUUCUUUUUGAUACCGAUGUUGUAGAGAAUGUUUCAAUUAUUCCAAUAGUUGGAAUCGGAGGAUUAGGAAAAACUACACUAGCUCAACUCAUAUACAAUGAUAAAAAUGUCAAAAAUAAUGUUGAGCCAAAGUUGUGGAUUUGUGUCUUGGAUAAUUUUGACGUAAAACAAAUUCUAGAAUCUAUGAAAAUUGAGAGGCAUGAAGAAAACCUUGAGAUUUUACAAAAUCAGCUUCGAGAAACACUUAAUGGAAAAAAAAUACUUCAUCGUCUUGGAUGA